AUGGCUAGUCAGGUGGCCAGGAAAUCUGGGAAAGGUCCUUGUGACGCACACCAUUCUAAGGGCAUCCUGCACGAGAUCCUCUGCAAAGAGCAUCCACGUGAGAUGGAUGUACAGCGUUACCCACCAAACUGCUCCGUAGGAAGCGGUGGCUGCUCUUGUGUGGAUGGCCGAAGAGUUGUCCUGAAAACACCAGAAGUCACCUGCAAAAGAGCUUCUGAAGUGCUCUUGAAGACCUCAACUUUUAUCAGAAACUUGCCUUCCUUCUAUCACAUGCCCUGGGAGGAUCAGGCUGCCCUCAUACAGCAGAACUGGGCCCCUCUUUUUGUCCUGGGCCUGGCACAAGAAGGGGUGGAUUUUGAGCUGAGAGAGAUUUCAGCCCCUAGUUUGUUGAAAAAAAUUCUCCUCAAUCAAUCUCCCACAGCCUGUGAUGAACCAGGUGGCUCCUCACUUGGAGCACCUUUAGCAGCAGUUCAGAAGAUGAAGAACUUAUUGUGGAAAUUAUGGGACCUGGACCUAAGUGCCAAAGAAUAUGCCUACCUUAAAGGAAUUAUUCUUUUUAAUUCUGGACGGCAUGUCCUAAAAUGUCUUCCCUACGUACAAACGCUGCAGCAGGAAGCUCAGGAAGCUUUGCUGGAGUUUAUCUCGAUGAUGUUCAACAGCCGCCUGGACAGGUUUGCGUGGAUUCUUCAGCUACUCACCUCUCUCCGCGACAUUGAUGCAGAUGUUAUUGAAGAGCUCUUCUUCAGGUCCAUCUUGGGAGAGGUCACCAUAAAUGAAUUACUUUUAGAAGUUCUAUAUAUCAGCAUCACCUGCAGUCAUGCUAAAUUCAACCAUAUUAUUUCUACUGAGCAUUUUUAUAACUGCUUAGAACUAUCAUAUGUGUUUGGGGCUUAA